AUGCCGAGUGCUGUCGCAACGGGCGAUUUCGGCCCAGCGCCCCCAGGGGUGGACUUGACCAAGAACCAGACGGGCAACCUGCUGGGCGCAGUGAUUCCCGUCGCGGUGUUUGGAACGAUUGCUGUCGGAUUGCGCAUUGUGGCUCGUCUGAGGACGAAGGAUGUGACGCUGGCGACGGACGACUACCUCAUUAUCCCAGCUCUGAUCUUUUCCUGGGGUACUGCCAUAUCAUGCUUUCUCAGCAUCCCAUAUGGCAACGGCUACCACCUGCAAUCUCUGACCAUCGAGGAAUUCACCGUGGUGUGGAAGAUCCUCUUCGCCUAUGUCAUGAUCUACGCCACCGCCGUCACCUGUACCAAAGCCUCGAUCGUCAUGUUCUACGGCCGCAUCUUCGGCUUCCGCUGGACCCUCGGGAUCGGCCUGUUCUUGGUCAUUGGAUACUGGAUCACGAUCAUCGUCACCAUCAACGUGGCGUGCCGGCCGCUCCCAUACUUCUGGCUCCUGUAUACCGACCCCACGGCUAAGGGGGUGUGCAUUGACGUGCCCAAGUUCUUCUUUGGCAACGGCAUCGCCGCCAUGCUGAUCGAUGUGAUUAUCCUCUGCAUGCCGAUGCCCAUCAUCUCCAAACUCCAGAUGCCGCUGUCGCAAAAGGUGGCUGUGGUGGGUAUUCUGCUCCUGGGAAGUUUGUAA